UUCAAGUUUGUGAUUUGUUUUUUGUAUUUUUUAUUAUAAAGUUUGUAUUUGCAUUUUGCAAUACAUAUUUUGAAAUAAAUAUUAUUAGGAUUAAAUAUGAAUACUCAAUAAAUAGUGCAUAUUGUUAAAAAUUAAGAUAUUAUUCUUAUCAUAAUGGAGUCAACGGGUGUGAUAUUAUGUGAUAGUCUAAUCAAGUGGCUUCAGACGCUUGAUCUUAAAGCUAAACAUGAAAGUCCCGCUGAGCUAUCUGAUGGUGUAGCUAUUGCCGAGGUUCUCACACAAAUAGCUCCUGAAUUUUUUACACCUGCAUGGAACUCAAAGAUAAAAACUGAAGUCAAACAAAAUUGGAGGUUGAAAGUUAGUAAUUUGAAGAAGAUUUUAGAAGGUGUAGUUGUUUAUCAUCAAGAUGUUUUAAAUCUCAGUUUGCAAGAGUUUUCACGGCCGGAUGUAGUAAAUAUAGCUGAAAAUGCAGAUGCAGGAGACUUGGGUAGAUUAUUGCAGUUGGUUCUUAGCUGUGCAGUCAACUGCAGCAAAAAGGAGGAGUACAUCACGCGAAUCAUGAACCUGGAGCUGUCAUGUCAGCGAUCCAUCAUGCAAGCGAUACAGGAGUUGGAGGAUAUAACUCUGGGAGCGAAUCGAGGCGUCGUGCACACGGAUGUGACGUCACAGGACCUCGCUGAUGUUGAUAUGAAAGAAGUGUUGGCGCAAAGAUGCCACGAAUUGGACGCUCAAGUUAAAAUUCUUCAAGAGGAAAAAAUGACGUUACUGAGCGAAGUUAACAGGCUAACAGCUUCUCGGGAUACUGAUGAUGACGUCAUUGAAGAGCGGGACCUCGGCGUAGGUGGGACGUCGCUGGGCCCAGCGCACGAGGGCACUCUACGUUAUAGCAACAUGAGAGCACAGCUGAAUGCUCUCAAAGAUGAGCUGGAUAAGGUGGAACAGCAACGCGAUGACCAGAGAGUGAGGGCAGACGCGGUUGAGAGAGAACUCGCGAUUGUCAAGUUAAGGAACGAAGAGUUGCAGAUGGCUGGUUUAGAGAACGUAGCUUUAAAGGAUGAGCUGGACGCGCUUCGAGAGACUGCAGCGAAGGCAGCGGCGCUGGAGGCCUCUGUAGCUUCCUACAAGAAGAGAAUGGAGGAGCACGUAGACUUGAGGAGACAGGUGAAAUUGCUGGAGAGAGCGAACACAGAGCACGUGCAGCGUACGAUAGAGUACGAACAAGCUGCCGCGCGCGCCAACACUUUGAAGUCACAAUUAGAUAUUUAUAAGAAACAGGUGAUCGAUUUAAAUGAGAAAUUGGAUGCAGAAGUGACCAAGGCUGACAAACUUGAGAUUGAUAACAAGAAUCUCAGCAGCAAGGUUGCCUCGCUGCAGAGGGAGAGAGACACUCUCCUGCAAGAGAGGGAGACAUUGAAGGAGACGGUUGAUGAGCUGAAGUGUUCUAGAAGUACUCAAGGUGGUACAGAGGAUAAUGUCUCAAAAGAAUUGAUACCGAACGAUAUGAAGGAGCGCCUAAUAAGACUAGAACACGAAAAUAAGCUGCUGAGAGAGAAUCAGGGUGCAUCUUCUGAUCAGGCUGAUGUGCAGGGUCUUCUAGUGGACUACGUAGCUCGCCUGGAGAAGCUGAGAGCAGCCAACCGCGAAGCCAACCAGAAGAUAAUGGAACUGGAGUCGAACAGAGAUGCGCCUCAUCCCAGAUUGGCGUCUGCAAUGGAAGACAAUCAACGGAAAUCAUUACAAUUGGAAGAGUUGCAGGCGGCGUUGGGUGAGGAGCGACGCCGCUGCGGCAAGCUGCAGGAGAUGUUGAACAACAAGGAGGCGGAGCUGCUGGCGACGGAGGACAAGUACAAGAAGUGUGUGGAGAAGGCCAAGGAGAUCAUCAAGAACCUCGACCCCAAGAGCAUAGGUCAGCAGUCAUUAUUGGACGUGACUCUGGGACAUUCCCGAAACGCGACAACUACCGCUCCCGCCUCCGCUUCGGCCACCGCCUCUGCAUCCGCUACGAGAUCCGAUCCUGUCACCAGCAACAGCAACCGGCACGAGUGGAGCGGGAGUGGGAGCGGGGCGGAUGACGGCGGACGGAUCCUGGCGAACGAGCAGCGCCUGCUGGCGACGGCCUGGUACCAGCUGGGCGCGCGCCUGCACCGCGACGCCACCGACAGCAGGUUCGCGCAGCUCGCGGGACACUCGUUCCUCGCGCGGCAGCGGCGGCAACCCGCGCGCACGCGACCCGCGCCGGCGCCCACUGCGCCCGCUCGCUGACGAGCCCCACCCCGACAUUACACCGACAUUGCGAUGACACCAUUAUCAUAACCUUUGCACAGGAUGCCGGUUAGAUUAUGGGUCCCACAACGGCGCCUAUUCCCGCCGUGAAGCAGUAAUGUGUAAACAUUAUUGUGUUUCGGUCUGAAGGGUAGUGCUAGUUCAAUUACUGGGCAAAUGACACUUAACAUCUUAUAUCUCAAGGUGACGAGCGAAGUUGUAGUGCCGCUCGGAAUUUUUGGGGUUUUUCAAGAAUCCUGAGCGACACUGCAGUGGGGGCAGGGCGUAUAAAUUGCCAUCACCUGAACGUCCUGCUCGGCUCGUCCCUUAUUUUCACUAUAAAAAUAUUUUAUCUUAACACAUUUAUUGAUAAAUCACAAACUUUUGGGGUUUCUACGGCCAAGCCCUCUGCAGUUAAAAUAUAAUUAGUGUUACAAAACGUCCAUACAUUCGUCUAUGUGCGUGGUGAAUUUUGGAAUCUUGUUGCCCCAUAGUGGCUACACAACGGAUGUCUUGUCAUCUGAGCCAGAAAAGACCAUCGCGAAUCCAAGUUAUACAAACGUUUCCCGUUUGAAUUGUAACAUAUCUAAACUACACUCUACUCACUUUCAGUGGGAAUUAGUAAAUAUUCAUACAAUAGUAACGCCGACAGGGACAAACACCACACAGAUGACUUACGGCCGUUUUCAAUAACCUAUCUAUCCUUAGUUAAAGUUACUAAAGAUAGACAAAUCUAUCCUUUUACGCUUACUUACAUUUCAAUAGCCUAUCAACAGACAGCAUUGGACUAUAACUAUGGAUAAAUAAGAUCUUAUCAUUGAACGGUGAUAGCAAUGUAUCCGUAACUGAGAUAAGUUAUUGAAAACGGCCAUAAAUAUAUGCAGUUUGUGUUGCAUACCUGUACUGAUAGCCAACACCGAUAUUACACCGAAACAAAUUCUGGCAACACUCUCAGGUUAUUCGCAAGAGGCCAAAUCUUCCUCUUUAAAGUUUUCGAAAAUAAUACUGAUAUCCAUUAAACAGGAAUCCCAAAUUCGCUUCGAAGCUUGUUUCUCAGGAAAUAAAUUCUACAUUUUUGUACAUUUACACUUACUGUUGAUUUUCAGUGAUAAUUCCAAUUCAGCGCGAGAUGUCAUUGAAAUAAUAGUUACUACACAUUUGAUUGUAUAGUAUAAGUAGUGACUUGAAUCGUCCUAUAGAAUAAGUAAUUUAAUUUAGAAUUUAAGAUAAUUUUUAAUUCCUUUAAAUUGUUAGGCAUGGAACUCGCAGAGGUUAAAAUAUGGGAUGUAUGAAACAACUCAACUUAAGGCUAAGUUCGUAUAACCGCUGGGUGGAGUGAAUGCUCCAUGACGGCAUAUUUUUUUCUUUUAUGAUAAAAACCUAAGUUUUUAUGAUUUUGAAUAAAACCUAGCCUUAUAGUAAGAAGCAAUUUAAUUUUAACUUAAUUUACUAAGUAGAAUAAAACUAAGAAAGUCUUAUUGCCACAACUCUUAUUCUCUCUAUUAAGGGAAAGACCCUAUGUUCUUGUAUUCUUUACUUUAGUGGGAGGCUUCUUUGCACUGGAUGCCGACUAGAUCAUCGGUACCACAACGGCGCCUAUUUCUGCCGUGACGCAGUAAUGUGUAAGCAUUACUGUGUUUCGGUCUGAAGGGCACGGUGAUGUAGAUGAUGAUACUAUCUUUGUACCGCGCGGUCAUAUGAACAUGGUCUUAGUUUCAGGGUGACAUUAAGUUAGGCCUCAGGUAUUUUCUGUCGUCUAGUUGAGAUUUGACUUUUCUGUCCCAAUAAACUUAUCGACGGUAACUCACCUUAUCCGUACACGCUGUCUGUCAAUGGAAAGAUGUAUAGCUUUAUGGAAAUUGCAAUUCACUCGUCCCAAUAUAUGGCGAUAAGAAUGACUUAUCGGGUAUAUUGGGACAUUAGUAAUUUAUCUCUAUCUGUAGAUAGUAUAUUGGGAACGGCCGUUAGUGACAUCGCCCAUAUCGUGAUAUAUACGCGACUCUUCAUCUGUACAUUGGUGUCAUUGACCGCUCAAGAUUGUUUCAAAGUUUUUUUUUUAUUAUUAGACAGAUUUAUUUACCUCAUCUCUUACAAUUUUCUUCUUAGGCCUAUCCCAGACGAUAGACUAUCCGUGCCGCACUUUUUAGUCUGUGAUAAUAAAACCGAUACAAUUAUAUUAUGCAGUAACGCAUACGACGCGCAUAAAGUCUGACACACAAAAUAUCCUCGUAGUUCCGCCAGACCGAGCCAAACCGCGCUGUAAAAAAGUGCGUAUUAUCUGCCAAAGACAUUUUGCGCGCAAUACAAACUUUUUGUGUGCCGCAGACUUGAUAGCACAAAAAGUGUGUCAUCUGCGAUAUGCCUUAAUCUUUUUUCAUAUAAAAAAACCUCAGAUGUCUUAAUCGGUUCUGUCGAAUGUGUUUGAUAUACGUACCUUUGUCCGUGAUAAAAUAAAAUGGCCUUUUUUAAUAAUAUAUAAUAAAUAAACUUUUAAUAAUAAUAUUUACGUUUGGACUGUUAAGGCGAUGCUCCACGAUAUAUGAACGAAUUAUUAUUUAGGCACUAAUAAUAAUAUAACUCGGCAUUAUUAUUGCUGAAAGUCUUUGUUGAUCAAAGUAUUUGUGGGCCUUGCAAUAAUAAUAUGGCAAUGUAUAGAAUAAUAUUUUGUAGGUAUGUUUGUAAAUAAAGACAUGGUUAUAAAUGUGUUCAUUGUCACCUAUGUCACAUGUGUACACAUUUUAAUGGUAAGCCCUGUGUAAUCUUAUUAAUAAAAUUAUUUUUGUUUGAAUUUAUUUUAUAAUUAUUAGUUUUAUAACAAUUUGGUUUUUUAAUUCGAUACUAUAACUGUAUUUUAUAAAAAAUGAUAAUUUAUAUAUUUAACAUUAAAUAAUAACUGUAUCUGCUUUUUAAAUUUAUUUUAGCUCUUGAAUUGUUUUGUCCCAUUCUGUUGAGUUGAAAUGACGUGUAACGGAAUGGGACAAAACAGUUCCUUAGCUAUAUGUAGUAAGGCCAACGAGAUGACAUAAAUAAUGUAAACAAAGUUGCAGGGCUUCGAAAGAUUUUUAUUUGAUAAAAUUAAAUACAAAUUUUGGAAUCCCUAUUCUAAUCGCUGUCGUCUGUAUUAGACAAAGAUGAUUCGUCGGAAGAGUUCACUGACCUGUAUAAAUACCACUGGACACGCUGUUCUUUAUAGAAAAAAAUUGAUGUCAAACUUAUUUUUUUGUGUCAUUUGAAGCGCCACUCGCGAGCGUCCAGAGAACUAAUUUUGACGUAUAAUACAAAUGGCUGCGAGAGAAACGUUGAAUACUCUGGAAGUAUUUUUGCACUUUGAAUUAAUUUCGGUCGUUUUCCGUAUUAUUUAUACUUCAGGAAUCAACGUAAUAAAGUACACAUUUUUUUGUAAAUAAUUUUCUUAUUGAAGUUUGUUAGCUGCUGUUCUCAGACUCUCGCUGCAUGGCCAACAGCGCCAAAAUGGCGAAUAUCAAACAGGCACAAAAGCACUUUGACAGCUGCUAGUCCAGUGGUAUAUAGUAGAGGUCAGUGGAAGAGUCCGAAUCAGCCGUAUUUAUGACUCAUGUAUUUAUAACUCAGUAUAGUGUAACUCAGUAACGGUCCGUUUGUUUACAUUCUUUAUCUCGACUCGUUGGCCUUAGUACUAUUAACAAGCUGUUUGUGUGACUACAAUGUCAAUGAAUAAGACGGUAUAUAGUAUAUUCUUCCGUGAUAUUUCUUAUAUAAAAUAUUAUUAAUAUCUUUGUAUAAUUAUUGCAAUAUUUUCAACCGAGUUCAAUUUUUAAUUAUUUAAUGAUAAGUAUAAUUGUUUAUAGUUUGAAUUAUUAAUACUUUUUGUAAAUGUGUAUCUCUGUUUGAUUUCUUUUAUUGCCUUUAUAUUUCGAGUAAAUAAAAUUUAAGACAUAUGGAUAAAUAUAUUUUAAUAAACAUUAAAAAAUAUGCUGCUUAAAGAAAUUGAAUAGUAAUAUAUCUGUUUAUUUUCAAUUUUAAGAAAUAUAUUCAAUAUUAUUAAAUAAAAUCAGAAUAUUCAGAGAGAUAAUACGUACUAUAUUACAUAAACUUAUAUUAAAUGUGAGAUAUAUGUUCUGUUUACUACCCUUCCAUUGUUACUUGACAUAAUAUAAUAUUAUUAUAUAUACCUGGUGCAAUAAACAACAAGAAUCAUGCUCAAAAUUGUCCGAAGCAAAAUUCAGCCUACGCGGCUAUUAGGCAGAGUUUUCCUUCAUAGACUUUGAUCAUUACCGUCACGAAAUAAGGUGUUAAUUUGAAUGAAUGUUUCAAUGUUAUCUGUAUAAGUUAUUGUCAACGCUGCUCGGACAUUUAUGACGACCUUUUACUAGGCGAUUGGGAGUCUAUUUGUUUGCCCAUAGGACAUGGUUAUAUUAGAUAAAUCCCAUUCUGUAAUAGUUAUUUAUGCAACUGUUGUGUAAUAAGGGGUAUUAAAACGCGAAUGUGGAUUUAUCACACGAGGCGAAGCCGAGUGGGAUAAUAGUAUCACAUGAGUGUUUUAAUACCUAAUUAUCAAAAGUUGCAUACAAGACUUUAUCUACACCCAGAAUAUGAAUCCUCUAAAAGAUCCUGAAACAGUUAGCUUACUGCUAACAUUAAAACAUCAGUCCUAGUAGUAACCUAAUAUCAUUCAUUACCGAUUAUAUACAAAUAAACUAAGUAUUAAUGAAACAAUUAUUUAUUUUAGUAGUAAUUUACAUUUUGUAUAGUGCAAUAAUUAAUAUUCACUCGAAUAUAAUCUUCUGGUAGUGUGGAACGCGCUUAAACGAAAAUGUUAUUUUUUUUGUAAUUCAUACAGAUACCACGCAUCAAGCAAUAAGAAUGAGGCUGUCUGUUGAAACUCUUUGCGCAUGAAGGGAUCGAAAAAAACAUAGGAGUGUUGUUAUGGAAUUCAGUACAACAUUACAACACUCGUUUGGAUGAUGUAAUGGUAAUUAGAUCAUUGGGUGUUUUAAUGUUGGCAAUAAGCUAACUGUUUCAAAAUCUUUAAAAGAGGAUUUAAAGCAUGGGUGUAGAUAAAGAUCGUUAUAGCUUCAUUAACUCCUCUAGUGUUUCAAGGAAGCCAGACGGUGGUGAACGGUGAUCACUUACCAUAAGCUGACUCGAAUGUGUCUGUUGUCCUGCUCUUCGUAAAAUUUGUGCCUCUUUCACCAAAGUUCGGAGAUUGUUAACGCUCCUUUGGUCGAGAUUAAAAUUACUUAGACAAAGUUCUUAAGUCUUCUUCUUUAAGCACUUCGAAUUUAAGUUAAUGUUCCGAUACCUAAUAUUACCUUAGAUAAUUUAUACGUCUAGAUAGUCUCUUGAUGUUAGACAACUGAUAGAAACAGUGCAGGUUUUAUACUUUAGUGUGCGUGACAAGCGUCGUCUUACAUUUGCGAUUUGUAUGAAACUAUGUAAGUGUGCGUGUAUUACUCCAAAUAGACGUAAAUCCUAAACUCAUUUGGACGUGUAUCCUGAAACACGUUCCAAGCCACAAGCAUCGCAUUUUAAGGAAUUCGUGUUUAAAGUUUAAUAAAUAUUAGUGUACUCCAUACAUGUGGGUUGGGCUACUAACGGCCGUUCCCAAUAUUCAGUCCAUCUCUUACUUGAGAUAAAAAUAGUCACUUUCGUUGACUUUUCUGUCCCAAUAAACUUAUCGACGGUAACUCACCUUAUCCGUACACGCUGUCUGUCAAUAGGACGACGUAUAGCUUACCAGCGAUCGAAGUUUUUAUGGAGAUUUUAAUUCACGCGUCCCAAUAUAAGGCGAUAAGAAUCACUUAUCGGGUAUAUUAGGACAGCUUCAGAUUAUUGACAGCUAAUUACUGACAGCAGAAGGUAGUAAUUUAUGUCUAUCUGUAGAUAGUAUAUUGGGAACGGCCCUAAGUCAUGAUGUCAUUUAAAGAGUGACAGUACGUCUGCCAUUUUUUGUCAGUCCGUUAAUAUGAAUCACGUGACUAGUUUUGUGGUCCUAACUCAAUUUCGAAAUGAUUGUGGUUUGGAACGUUUUUUUAAAAUUACGUCCAUUUUAUUUCGACGUUUUCACAGCUGUCAUAUCUCUUAUCUAGACGUAUAAAUGAUAUAAGAUUUUAACUCUUAUCGGAGUUUAGAAUUGAACAAAAUAUAACAGUAUUAGAUUUAAAUUAUAAUGAGAAGGAACAUGUUAGUAUGCUGCAAUUGACUGUUGACUCUCAUGCAUAUGAUAAUUUAUGAAAAUGUAUUUUAUUUAUGUUUCUAAGUGUGUUGUUUUAAUAAUUAUAAUUUAUUACUGUUUAAAAUAAAGUUUCAUUUAAUAUCCA